AGCAAACCAGCCAAGACUCUCUUCACUGGGCUAAUUAGAAAAGCCAAAGGAGAGCACACAAGAAGAAGGGGAAAAGAGAGGCUAUAUGUGCAAUACAACAUCCAAACUUUUCUGGUAAUUCUUCAAAUAGGAAAUGGAGGAGACAUACCUUCUCAACUAUCCAGGGGUCAAGAAGAAAAUCUUAGCAGGAGGCAAAGGACCACUGCCUCAUUUUCCUCCUGGGACAAAGCUGGUCUUCCAUUUCCAAACGCUGCUGGACAACUUUGAGCGGACAGUCAUCGAUGACACUAGACUGGCUGGCAGACCAGCUGAGAUCUUUGUUGGAAAGAUGUUCAAGAUGGAAGUUUGGGAGCCAAUGCUGACUUCAAUGAGGGUCGGGGAGGUGGCUGAAUUCUGGUGUGAUGCCAUUCACACAGGCAUGUAUCCCAUUGUGUCCAAGGGAAUGAGGCUGAUAGCCCAAGGAAAAGACCCCCUGGAUGGCCAGAAACAUAUGUGCGGUAUGGGGAACCUGUUCCACUAUCACUCCACUGGUUUCCCGGAGCUAGAUGAGAUCAUGCGAAAUCCUCAACCACUCAUAUUCAUCAUGGAGCUGUUGCAGGUAGGAGACCCCUUGUCCUACCACAGAGAGUCAUGGAUGAUGGACAAGGAUGAGAAGUUGCAAGCGGUGCCAGUUCUUCACAUGCAGGGCAAUGCUUUGGUCAAGCAAAAACAUUUCAGAGAGGCUGCCAGCAAGUACAAGGAAGCUGUCCUGCUGCUAAAAACAGUGCAGUCCAGGGAGAUGCCAGGUGAUAUAGACUAUAUGAAUUUGGGUCGAAUGAUUGUGCCACUGGAGCUGAACUACUGCCAGUGUAUGUUGGAGCUACAGGAGUACUAUGAAGUCAUAGAGCACACCACUGAGCUGCUGGAGAAGCACAAAGACUGUGUGAAGGGCUACUACAAGCGUGCCAAAGCUCAUGCUGCAGUGUGGAAUGAAAAAGAAGCUCGGAAAGACUUCAACAUGGUGGCCCAGUUGGACAUUACUCUUGCUGCGCUUGUUCGUCGAGAGUUGAAUGCCUUGUCGGAGCACAUGAAGGAGAAGUACUGGCAGGAAAAGGAGCAAUACUGGAACAUGCUGGAGAAAACAGAGGGUGGAAGCAAAGAGGCGAAUGAUGAGGUCCAUAAUGAAGAGGAGAAUGAGAAAGAUGAACAAAAAAACAAAGAAAGCAAAGAUGACCUUAAAAGCAGUACGACUGCAGCUACAUGCGGAAAGAAAAAUGGUUCAACUGAGAUGAAAUGUGUUGAAAAAGAAGAAUCUGGAGAAGAAAAUGUUACACCACCUGAGGGAUCCAGGGAGGAAGACGGCACCUCUGUAGUCGAAGUCGACGCUUGUGAUAAAAUGGAGGGGAAGGACUGGCAACAAAUGUUACGACUGGUGAUGUUGCUGCAGAAUGAAGGAAACUUUUGCAUCAAAGAAAAGCGCUUUCAAGAGGGUUCCACCAAAUUCAAGGAGGCUUUGGAAUAUGUGGACUUCUUACAAAACAAGCAGGUGGAUCAACACAGUGAGGACUGGGAGUCGCUGGAGAAGGUGCGUCUUCCUCUCAGUCUCAACCUCAGCCAAUGUAAGCUAGAGCUGAAACAAUACCAGGAGGUGGUGGAGCUAAACGACAGGCUGCUAAAGAGCCAUAAAGGUAACUUUAAAGCAGUGUACCAGAGGGCUCGGGCACAUGCAGCAUUGUGCAACGAGGAUGAAGCUCAAAGGGACUUUGUCAUGGUGGAGAAAUUGGAUCCAAAGUUUAGACCCUUUGUUCGUCAGGAGCUGAAAAUGCUGGCAGAAAACAUCCGCAUCAUGCACGCCCGCCAGAACAAGAAUUACUGGGAAACAACAAAGGAGAAGUGGGGUCCUGGUGGAAGCAGGACCAAGGGUGUAGUGAGAAAGAAGAAUACUAACUCAGCUAAGCAACCCACAGAGGCAAACAUCGAAAUGGAUAAAAAGACUGAAGAGAGUAAAGUUGAAGAGAAGGAAAGCCCAGAAGAACAUCAUACCAUUGAGACUGAAAGAGCAGGGGACACAGAAACAGAAAAAAAUCCUGUUUUGAAAGCAGAGCAUUGUUAUAAAGAGCAAAAGAGUGGGAUGAUAAGUGAAUUGGGGUCAGAUGAAGAAAAAGCAGUAAGGGUUGGGGCUCCUGAAGUAGAUAACAGCAAAACAGAUAAAGAUGGUGACCCUCCAUCCACCAGCUUAGAUAAUGUAGUAAGCAGGAGAUCAGUGCGAGAUAGAGGGAAAAAGAAGGUCAAACGUCAAUCAAAAGGUACUCCAAACCCCAACAGAACAAAGCCAGUAACAGGAAAAGGAGACUCUAACAAAACACUCUAAUAAAUUGUCAGCAUCCUCUACAGAGUCAAAAUUAACAUUUGUAAGUAAAAUUACAAAGAUAAAUAGCCCAUAGCAACAGGAAUUAUAACAUAGCUGGAGCUAGAAAAACAAAAUCAGGAAAUAAUGAUUUUACCACCUAAAAGCCAAAUACAAACACAGAAAUAAAUUAAUAUAACCAGCAUUUAUUUGGCCUCAUUCUGAGCUAAGUCGUAUUUUUUAAUUCCCAAAGGGCCUACCACAGUCAAGAGAAAUACAAAAAGCACACACAAACAAGCAGUUUGCCAAAUACAAAGUUUUAUUUCUGUACACAAAGAGUAGAAAGCAGCCGGUAACCCACUUGUUAUUACAGUAAAAAGCCUCUCCUCAGAAAACCUCUUAUACAGAUUAAAAACUCUAGAGAAUAGACAAGACAAAGUGUUGGACAAUAAGAGAACAACUCUGAAACAAUGAACUUCCAGGUGAUAAAUGAGGUAUAUUUUUAGUAAGUUAAACAGAAUAAAGAAAUGUGAUGAAUAAAUGACUUUAUGUGCAAUCAAAAACUUGCUUGAGGUUAAUUCAUGUAUGAGGCUGUGAUAUAUGACAUAGCUGAGCUUUGGGUACAUGAUCAAAUUCGACACAGGGGGAAGCAUCAGUGAAAGGCCGGACAAAAUGAUGCCUGUGAGCAUGUUGGUCAGUGAUGGCAAUGUUCUUUGGAGGGGCUUGCCCAGAGGCAACUCCAUCUUCAAAUACACAGUUUCCAUCAUGCAACAUGGAGUAAAGACUGUUAGUGCACAUAUUUGAAGAGGCAAUAUACCAUAUAAAAUGGAAUAACGGUAUGAUUGUAAAUUAAACAUUAAAGUUAGUGGAGGAGGUUCUUUUCCCAGGUGGAUCAUCAAAAUAAGUAGCCCUCUUAAUUGUCAAUCAAUUGUCCCACAUGCUUGUCCCCAUUUUUACUUACAGGUGGUGAGUCUGACAUGGUGGAAAAAUUGCA